GAUUGUUUGUUGUCAAAAUGGAGUUCUUACUGGGAAAUCCGUACAGCACUCCCGUGGGCCAGUGUAUAGAGAGGGCCACAGAUGGAGGCCUACAGAAUGAGGACUGGACCCUCAACAUGGAGAUCUGCGACAUCAUAAACGAGACAGACGAAGGGCCAAAAGACGCCAUGCGGGCACUGAAGAAGAGACUUUGUGGCAACAGGAACUACAGAGAAGUGAUGCUGGCGCUAACGGUAUUGGAGACGUGUGUGAAGAACUGCGGCCACAGGUUUCACGUCCAGGUGGCCAACAGAGAUUUCAUCGAUGGCGUGUUGGUUAAAAUCAUCUCCCCCAAAACCAAUCCUCCCACCAUCGUACAAGACAAAGUGCUGUCGCUCAUACAGGCCUGGGCUGAUGCCUUCAGGAGCAGUCCUGAUCUAACUGGUGUCGUCCACAUUUAUGAAGAACUGAAGAGGAAGGGCAUUGAGUUUCCGAUGGCCGACCUGGAUGCAUUGUCUCCCAUACACACACCUCAGAGGGGAACACCAGAGGUGGACCCAGCCAUGAUCAAGUACCUGGCCCCGACCUCCCCUGCUGCAGCGCCUCCUAAACCCUCCCCUCCCCCUCCCCCUGCCGCCACACCGGCCUCCAGCGUGCCCAGCCCCAUCACAGCAACCCCUGAACAGAUCGCCCGGCUGCGCAGCGAGCUGGACGUAGUGAGAGGAAACACCAAAGUGAUGUCAGAGAUGCUGACAGAGAUGGUUCCUGGGCAGGAAGAGGCCUCUGACCUGGAACUGCUUCAGGAGCUGAACAGAACCUGCAGGGCGAUGCAGCAGAGAGUGGUGGAGUUGAUUUCACGCGUCUCUAACGAAGAAGUGACCGAGGAGCUGCUUCAUGUCAAUGACGACCUCAACAACAUUUUCCUCCGAUAUGAGAGGUACGAGAGGUACAGGUCGGGUAGAGCUGCACAGAACAAUGGGAUGUUAAGCGAAGCCACAGAGGACAACCUGAUCGACCUGGGCCCGGGCUCCCCGGCCGUGGUCACACCCAGGAUCAGCUCCAGCUGCAGCCCUCCACCCCACUCCACCGCUGGGGCCACCGCCUCCCCGGCCCACAACCCCACCACAGCCUCGCUAUCAUCUGCACUGGCUAGUAUUGAUGUGGGCUCAGAGAGCGCUAGUGGGUCCCCGUCCACUCUGCCGGCCCGCAACAAGGACGACUUCGACAUGUUCGCCCACACCAGGAGCAGCUCUCUGGCUGAACAGCGCAAAAAUGUAAAGUACGAGGACCCUCAGGCUCUGGGCGGCCUGGCCUCGGCUCUGGAUGUGAGACAACAGAACACAGGAGGGCUGAGUGUAAAAGGGGAUGAUAACCCAGCAGAUCAGGAGCUGCCCAUAGACAGCUGGCUUAUUACCCAAGGAAUGAUCCCCGUAUCGCAGUCCUCUGUCAUGGAUGACAUAGAGGAGUGGCUCUGUGCUGACGUGAAAGGAGAUGCUUCUGAGGAAGGGGUGACCAGUGAAGAGUUUGAUAAGUUCCUGGAGGAGCGAGCCAAGGCGUCCGACUCUGUGCCGUCUCCCCCCGGAGCUAACCCGGCUCACCCCGCUCGUGCCUCUGGCGGCUCCCACAAGAAGGCCGAGCGGACGGAGGACGCCCUCUUCGCCUUGUAGACUUCUCAGAGAACCUCAAUCUCUCUCUCGGGGCGUCUAAAGGUCCUCGCCCUUAAAUGAUUCCUCCCAAACAGUCCCUCCGGUCCCAUUUCAUCGCUGGCUGGCUGUGGUUUAGCAGGAGAUCUCUCCGACUCCUUGUCAGUCUCUCGCCACAGUGUUAGCGCUCUAACAUGCAGAGGUCCAACAUGUUUACUGCGCUCACAUGCGUGUUACUAUAUAUGGAUGUAUUAAUCUGUUAGUGUGGGAUGUGCUACUAGCAGCCCUGCGUCUCAUUCGUAACGCUCCACCAAAGGAAGACAACAGAAAUUGUCUGAUGUGGUUUAAAAAUGUGGUAUAUUACUGCAAGAUUAAUGGAAAAAGUUGGAAAAAAGGUCCAUGCAUUGAGUCAGUAUGGAAGAAUACAAUUAGGAUUAUAUUGUUUUGCUUUGGCUAAUGGCUAAUUUAUGCAUUUAUUGUUUUAAUAGUUUGUUCUGUAGCGCUGUGGUUAUGGUCCAGCCAUGCAUUUUUAUUCUCCACUUAGAGCUCGAGUCAUUAUUUUAAUACUGAGAUAUGCAAAUUACCCAAUUUGCCGGAAUAGAUUGGACAAAAGAGUUGUGUUAUAGGGCUAAUUUUGCUAACUAUUAAUAUAAUAGCUAAACUAUUCAGCCCUACAAAGUCUAACUGCAGUAACUACACAAAAGGUAAAACUGAGAAAAACUGCUUUAAAGUUUUUUAACUGGCCAGCCAAAUGGGUUAUAGGUAGAUAAGUUAUAUGACACUUAUUUCUACAUGUAUUGAUGAUGUCAUUUUUCCACUCAAGAUGAUUUAUUUGACCUUUGACCCCAAAUAC